AUGGCAGACUCACCUGCCAUCAAUGCCGUGCAAGACGAGCAACCACAAGCCGCAGAGAUCCUCGACGACCAUCUACCAGCCGGCUACACCUUCGAUGGCGCAGUCGAUGAGGAUGGAGGUCCCGUUCAGUCAUCCCUUCGCCUACAGGGCGGCGAUAUUCACCGUGACCUCUACAAAAUCGAUGCCCGGAACCGACCAAACCACCAUCAACGCGCCAAGACUUUCUCUGGACCUGAAUUCACUGGCAACGAUGGCGCCGCCGACAUGCCCAUAUCGGAGCAGCUUCUCCCACAAGGGUUCCGACGGCAGUAUGUCCAGCAGAAAAGAGGGGAUCUGCAUCCUCUAAAUCCACGCCGGGUGCCUGUGGCCCGCAACUUUGUCGAGUUCCUCGAGCUCUACGGUAACUUUGCCGGCGAGGACCUUGAGGAGUCCGACUCAGACGAAGAGACCGAGACCGACGUCGAAGAAGACGCUCAAGAUGGCUCCGGUGAGCGCCGACCGCUCCUCGGCCGCCGCAAGUCCACCAAACGCCGCGCCCAACGACCCGGCGACGCCGGCGUAACGCGCACCUUCUUCACGCUCCUCAAAGCCUUCAUCGGCACAGGGAUAAUGUUCUUGCCAAAAGCCUUCCAAAACGGCGGCAUUCUCUUCUCCAGCAUAACCCUUUUCCUGGUCGCCUUGAUCACCACCUUGGCCUUCCACCUCCUGCUGAAAUGCAAAGCCCGCUACUCCGGUGGCUAUGGCGAGCUAGGCGAAGCCAUCGGCGGCCGCAAGAUGCGCGCCGUCAUCCUGUCCUCCAUCACCAUCUCCCAGCUUGGCUUCGUCUGCGCCGGUACGGUAUUCGUCGCCGACAAUCUCAAAGCGUUCGCCGACGCCGUCAGCCCUGGUGACGACGCCCCACUGUCCACCCGCGAUCUCAUCGCGCUGCAACUCCUGAUCCUGAUUCCCAUGGCCCUGAUCCGCAAUAUUUCCAAACUCGGCCCCGCCGCCAUGAUCGCCGACAUCUUCAUCGUCCUGGGACUAGUCUACAUCUGGUACUACGACAUCCACUUCCUCUCCCAGCACGGCAUCGCCGACUCCGUCACCUUAUUCAACCCGAACCACUACACCCUCACCAUCGGCGCCGCGAUCUUCACCUUCGAGGGCAUCGGCCUGAUCCUCCCCAUCCAAAAUUCCAUGGCCCAACCCGAAAAAUUCGAGGGCCUGCUGUACAUCAUCAUGACGCUCAUCACCCUCAUCUUCGGCUCCGUCGGCAUCCUCUGCUACAUGACAUUCGGAUCCUUGACUAAGAUAGAAGUCAUCUCCAACUUCCCCCAGGAUUCGAGGCUGGUCAACGCAGUUCAAUUCGUCUACGCCAUGGCCGUCCUCGUCGGAACCCCCGUCCAGCUCUUCCCGGCCGUGCGCAUCCUCGAGGCCAAGUUGUUUGGCAAUCUCUCUGGGAAGAACUCCACCUGGGGCAAAUGGAAGAAGAAUGCUUUCAGAACAUUCCUCGUGCUGUUGUGCAUAGCAGUGAGCAUAGGCGGCGCCGCUAAUUUGGAUCGCUUCGUCGCCCUGAUCGGCAGUUUCGCUUGUGUGCCGUUGGUGUAUAUCUACCCACCACUGUUGCAUUAUAUGGGUGUGGCCGAGAACAAGUGGGUGAAGGCUGGGGACAUUGUGUUUAUUGUGUGUGGUGUGGUCGCGAUGGUCUAUACUACGGCUGUCACGGUGAUCAAUAGUUUCCUGUGA